GAAAACGAUCUCGAGCUCUACUGGUAACCACACGCACGUGACUGUAUCGCCCACAGGGAACGCGCUAGUGUUCUCUUCUUUCCUUCUCUCUCUAGGUUUUUAGAUGUGAAUUUUAAAUCAUAAAAUUCGUGGGUCUCCUUAGCCUUAUUUAUAAGAGGAGGAAAGGAGGAGUUUUAUAGCUAAUAAAACUCUCAUGGAUGUGACACCCCCAAAUUUCCCACCCAAAAUAAUACUUUGAAACAAAAAUGAACUUUUAUUUAUUAUUUAAACAUUCAAAUGUUUGCAGCGGAAAUAGGUAAAAUAAAGGAAAGGGGCAUGUCACCGCCACAUCCAACCUUUGAAUGGUUGAAUGCUAAGGCUAUCUACCCAAAAUGUAAUUUAGCAAAAAUCUAGAUGUUCGAAUCAUAAGCAAGUAUCAAAAUUUAUUCUAGUGAUCUACAUAGCGAUCUUCUAGUUCACGCUCUCAAACAUUCCAGCAUCAAAAUCAACAUGAUCACCUCCUGUUAAAUAUGAGCAAAAGAAAAUAAAAGAAACAAACAUUAGCAAUAAUGCUAAGUAAGUUCCACCUAACCUUUUAAAAUAAUAAUAAAUAAUAUAUAUAAAAUUCGUACAAUCUUUUAGCAUAAAAUAUUCUUCAAAACACUUUAUAAAUCAUAAGUAAAACUAUAUUCAUACAAUAUCCCAAUCACAUAACUCGUAAACCAUAAUAAUUCCAAAAUACAUGAAACACCGAAAUUCUCCUCUGUUGAAUUUUCUCCCAAAAUCACUUUGUAACUAACUUCCUAGUAAUUUAGAAGGGCGGUGCUCAACACUUUGGUUGAGCCCGGUGGUCCGUUGUUAUGUACGGCCACCCCAGGACUAUCGCCGGUACCACAACUGCUCAAUGGAAACGGAAACAACUACCUUAAGUGUGCACACCCCCUAAAGGUAUUCCAAGCCCUCCGGGUUAGUAAGUUGAUCCGGGUAGUCAGGAUGUUUUCUACCAACUACCCCACCUCAAAAACUGAAUGAUUAGGAGCUACUACUACCACUACUACUCAAAAAUCGGGAUGUUUUCUACCGACCAUCAAUUCACCUCAAACCAAUACCAACAAGAAUUGAGUAGUAGUAGACCUAACCACCCUCCACAUUUUAAGGGACGUGGAAAACCGACAUCACGGAUUUCUCCCGUGAUGCCCACUCUUUAUGAAAAUAUUUAUGUUUCUUUGCUUUCUCAAAAUCAAUCGAAGUUUAUACUUCAAAAAUUUCCUUUUUAUCAAACUCCCACAAAGAUAACAAAUUACGUACUAUUACAAAAUCUCCCAAAAUUGUAUACAAUAACUCAUAUUAACAAACCAAUAUAUCAACUAAUAUCCCAAAUACAACCCUUCCAUAUCAUAAUAUUUAAUCAACUUCAGCACACAUAAAUUCAAUUCUCAAAUAUACACACAAAAAUAUUCAAAGAAAUCACGAAGUAAAAAGAACUAAUUUCGGUUGACGUGAAACUUACCUCAAAUCGCGAUAAGUCCUAACCGAAGCUUCUAUAUUGAUCUUCUCCAAAUUCACCUUCUAAGAAUAUUAAAAUUAUAAAUCAAUAUAUAUAAACUUUUAGUUAAAUCUUCUGCCCUUUAUUUAUAAAUUAACCCUCCUAUUAUUUAAUUGCUACGAUUUAUAUUACAAUAGACCAUCCCUUUAUAUUUUAUUUUAUUCUAACCCAAUUCGAAAUGCUCCAUACAAUAAUCCUAUUCGGCCCAAUCACUUAACAGAUUAACCAAGUCCAAUCUAAUAAAGAAACGUAGUGCAGGUUCAUAUACUACGUACAGUUUGUCGUUCUCCUCCACGCAGUACGGCCACUGUACGGAAAUCGAUGACGGCUUUAGAAAAUCCCCGGCGGCAUCGACUCUAUCCUCCAACGGUGGUGGCGGUGUCUCAGCGGCAGCAGUCCGUUCUGUACUUCCGUCGACAAUAGAUCGAACACAUCCAGUGAUUCUUCUUCUCUAGCGUAAACAGUACAGUCCGGCGAGUCUGGCUACGGCUUUACGGCGUGCUCCUUAACUGCGUAUCUUUCGUUCUUUCCUUGGUCCCGGCCUUCCCGUCGUCAAAAGAAAGCAGUUUGGUGGCGAUAUAGACCGGCGAUCAUAGCUUCUCCGGCGUCGGCGGAUUCCUCUUCUCCGGUGUGGAAACAGCCUAGCAACUCUGAAGCGGAACUCCAGUCUACAGAUUUCUUCUCCGGUCUUGAUCUUUCCCCUUUCCUUUUCUCCUUCGUUUUUUUUUAGUCUCUAAAUUUGCACGCAAGUCAUCGUAUGUAUACAAGUGUAUUCGAAGUUUGGCAUGAACAAUAGGCUACGUAUACACCGUAUAUAAAUAUCAUUGUUUCGAAGGUUCUGGGUUUUAGGUUUUUCCCCAGCCGUUAUAAAACUUCCGCAUUAAUUCACGCUCGAUCCGUUUUCCAUGGGAAGCUUCAAGUCCGG